GUCGUCGUUUCACUCUAGCAGGCGCAGGUGCAGCCGCAGGGGAUUGGAUAGAGUUAGGGGAGGCCUUUUGCGAUCUCAGAACUGAGAUUUUUGGGGAGAGCCGGCGGUAGAGGAAAAAGGAGAAAUCCGAGUGCCUCAGGCAGUCGGCAGGAGGAAUUUCAAGUUCUCCGAUUGCUCGUAAUUUCAUUCUGGAAUUUAGCCUCAACACAGAAAAUUGAGUUCUGUUUCAAUUCCAAUGAAGAAAUCCAGUGACCUAAAAGCAAAUCCAGGCAAAACCUAUUUUGAGGAUGAGCAGGAAGAAGAUGAACUCAAAUAUUCCUCUCCUGAAGAAGAACGCGAUGAUGAUUACAGUAGUGAAGAAGAAGAAGAAGAGGCAGAAAUUAAGCGUGCACUUGCGGAUGUUACGUUUGGAGAGUUGCAGAAAGCUCGCUCUGAUGGUUCUGAUUCGGUUUUUCGGAAACCAAAUUCAGAGAAGAAACCCAGCCGUGUUAACAAGAAUAGGCCAAUGGAGGCUAGUUGCAAGAAGCCAGUGGGUCGGUUUAGGGAGGUCGUCCAAGCUCCCAAGAAGGUGGUACGUGACCCGCGAUUUGAAUCUUUAUGCGGGACACUUGAUGUUGAAGGGUUUAGGAAGAGAUUUAAUUUUCUUUUUGAGAACAACCUUCCUGCUGAGAGAGAGGAGCUUCAAAAGCAACCAAAAAAGACCAGGAAUCCAAAAGUAAUUGGUGAACUGAAGAACCACAUAUCCUGGAUUGACAAACAACUGAAGCUUGAGUCAGCAAAAAGUGCUGAUGCAAAGAUAUUGGCUGAGCACAAGAAAAAAGAGAGAGAAGCUGCUAAACAUGGGAAACAGCCCUUUUAUCUUAAGAAAUCAGAAAUUCGAAAGCAAAGGCUUAUUGAGAAAUAUAAAAAUCUCAAGGCAUCCGGCAAGCUUGAAUCUUUCCUUGAGAAAAGGAGAAGGAAGAAUGCUGCCAAGGAUCACAGAUACAUGCCAUAUCGUAGGCCUAAUGAUGUUGAGCAACAAAGUUAGUGGAUUCACGAUAAUCUGGUCGCUUGGAGUUGUAUGUACAUUGUAUUCCAUCUGAUGCGGUAAAGACAUGCUCUCCUUGAGUUGUUUUGUGGGGUCUUCACUUUUCAGUGCCAUGACAUGCACCUGUCUGAACAUUCUACAUUUUUGUCUUUCAUGAUGUUGCUAAAGUGGAGGUAGAAACCAUACCUUAACUUUCAUAAUUUAGGUUCUGUUCUAGGCUAAAUUUUUCGACUUUUAUUAUUUAUCAAGUUACUCAACUUCCUUUCAUGAAAAUGGCAGGCGAAACUUGUUUAUAUC